CGCUCUCUUCCUCUCCAGCGCCGCCCACCUGGGCCUGACCCAGGCGCCCCCGCCGGAACGCUGCCCGGAGCCCGCGGCGGAAUUGCGUCGCGCUGAGUAGGGCGGCGCCAGAGGUGACCGCCGCCGCCACAGGUGUGUGCGCAGGCCAGGAUGAAGCUGAAGAAGCAGGUGACCGUGUGUGGGGCUGCCGUCUUCUGCGUGGCGGUCUUCUCGCUCUACCUCAUGCUGGACCGAGUGCAGCACGACCCCGCCCGGCAUCAGAGCGGUGGCAACUUCCCCCGGAGCCAAAUUUCUGUGCUGCAGAACCGCAUCGAGCAGCUGGAGCAGCUGCUGGAGGAGAACCAUGAGAUCAUCAGCCACAUCAAGGACUCGGUGCUGGAGCUGACGGCUCACGCCGAGGGCCCGCCCGCAAUACUGCCCUACUACACGAUCAACGGCUCCUGGGUGGUGCCCCCAGAACCCCGGCCCAGCUUCUUCUCUGUCUCCCCACAAGACUGCCAGUUCGCCCUGGGUGGCCAGGGCCAGAAGCCGGACUUGCAGAUGCUGAGUGUGUCACAGGAGCUGCCGUUUGACAAUGUAGACGGCGGGGUGUGGAAGCAAGGCUUUGACAUCUCCUACAGCCCCAAUGACUGGGACUCCGAGGACCUGCAGGUGUUUGUGGUACCCCACUCUCACAAUGACCCAGGCUGGAUCAAGACCUUCGACAAGUACUACGUGGAGCAGACCCAGCACAUCCUCAACAGCAUGGUGACCAAGCUGCAGGAGGACCCGCGGCGCCGCUUCCUCUGGGCUGAGGUCUCCUUCUUCGCCAAGUGGUGGGACAACAUCAGUGCCCAGAAGAGAGCUGCCGUGCGGAGGCUGGUGGGGAACGGGCAGCUGGAGAUUGCUACAGGAGGCUGGGUGAUGCCUGAUGAGGCCAAUUCUCACUACUUUGCACUGAUCGACCAGCUCAUCGAGGGGCACCAGUGGCUGGAGAGGAACCUGGGUGCCACCCCACGCUCCGGCUGGGCUGUGGACCCCUUUGGAUACAGCUCCACCAUGGCCUACCUACUGCGCCGUGCCAACUUGACGGGCAUGUUGAUCCAGAGGGUGCACUACGCCAUCAAGAAGCACUUCGCUGCCACCCACAGCCUGGAGUUCAUGUGGAGGCAGGCAUGGGACUCAGACGCCAGCACAGACAUCUUCUGCCACAUGAUGCCCUUCUACAGCUACGACAUCCCCCACACUUGCGGCCCGGACCCCAAGAUCUGCUGCCAAUUUGACUUCAAACGCCUGCCAGGGGGACGCAUCAACUGCCCCUGGAAAGUGCCGCCCCGGGCCAUCACGGAGGCCAACGUGGCAGAGAGGGCAGCCCUGCUUCUGGACCAGUACCGCAAGAAGUCCCGGCUGUUCCGCAGAAACGUGCUCCUCGUGCCGCUGGGUGACGAUUUCCGCUACGACAAGCCCCAGGAGUGGGAUGCCCAGUUUCUCAACUACCAGCGGCUCUUCGACUUCCUCAACAGCAAGCCUGAGCUGCAUGUGCAGGCCCAGUUUGGCACCCUGUCCGACUACUUUGACGCGUUGUACAAGAGGACGGGUGUGGAGCCAGGGGCCCGGCCUCCGGGGUUCCCCGUGCUGAGUGGGGACUUCUUCUCCUACGCCGACCGAGAGGACCACUACUGGACCGGCUACUACACGUCCCGGCCUUUCUACAAGAGCCUGGACCGAGUGCUGGAGGCCCACCUGCGGGGGGCAGAGAUCCUGUACAGCCUGGCUGUGGCACACGCCCGGCGCUCGGGACAGGCCAGCCAGUACCCACUGUCCAACCUGGGCCUGCUGACGGAGGCACGUCGCACACUGGGGCUCUUCCAACAUCAUGACGCCAUCACGGGCACAGCCAAGGAGGCAGUGGUGGUGGACUACGGGGUCAGGCUUCUGCGCUCACUGGUCAGCCUGAAGCAGGUCAUCAUCAAUGCAGCUCACUACCUGGUGCUAGGGGACAAGGACACCUACCGCUUCGAUCCAGACGCCCCCUUUCUGCAGAUGGAUGACACCCGAUUAAAUCACGACGCCCUGCCGGAGCGCACAGUCAUCCAGCUGGACGCCUCGCCCAGGUUCGUGGUGCUGUUCAACCCACUGGAUCAGGAGAGGCUCAGCAUGGUGACCCUGCUGGUGGACUCUGCCCGUGUGCGCGUGCUCUCGGAGGACGGCCAGCCGCUGGCCGUGCAGGUCAGCCCACACUGGAGCUCGGCCACUGACAUGGUCCCCAACAUCUACCAGGUGUCGGUGCCACUGCGCCUGCCCGCCCUGGGCCUGGGCGUGCUGCAACUGCAGCUGGGCCUGGACACCCGCCACACGCUGCCCUCAGCGCUGCGUCUCUACCUGCACGGCCGCCGGCUGUCGGUGGGCCAGCACGAGGCCUUCCCCCUGCGCAUCAUCGACUCCGGCGCCACCGACUUCGCCCUCAGCAGCCGCUAUGUGCAGGUGUGGUUCUCCGGCCUCACUGGGCUCCUCAAGAGUGUCCGAAGGCUGGAUGAGGAGCAGGAGCAGCGGGCGGAGAUGCGGUUCCUGGUCUAUGGCACCCGCUCGUCCAAGGACAAGAGCGGAGCCUACCUCUUCCUGCCCGACGGCGAGGCCCAGCCCUAUGUGCCCAAGGACCCUCCUGUGGUGCGGGUCACGGAAGGCCCCUUCUUCUCAGAGGUGGUUGCCUGCUACGAGCACGUCCACCAGGUGGUCCGGCUUUAUAAUCUGCCCGGGGUGGAGGGGCUGUCUCUGCACAUGUCCUCACUGGUGGACAUCCGGGACUAUGUCAACAAGGAGCUGGCUCUGAGCAUCCACACUGAUAUUGACAGCCAGGGCACCUUCUUCACAGACCUCAAUGGUUUCCAGGUGCAGCCCCGGCGACACCUGAAGAAGCUGCCUCUGCAGGCCAACUUCUACCCCAUGCCAGUCAUGGCCUACAUCCAGGACGCGCAGAGCCGCCUGACCCUGCACACUGCCCAGGCCCUGGGUGUGUCUAGCCUCCGCAGUGGUCAGCUGGAGGUGAUCCUGGAUCGGAGGUUGAUGCAGGAUGACAACCGGGGCCUCGGCCAGGGCCUCAAGGACAACAAGCGGACCUACAACCACUUCCGCCUCCUGCUGGAGCGGCGGGCACCAGGCAGCGAGGUGCAGGACAGCCCCACCAGCUACCCGUCCCUCCUCAGCCACCUGACCACCGCGUGCCUCGGCACCCCCGUGCUGGCACUGCCGGUGGCCAAGAGACAGUCCCCGGGGCCCGCACUGCGCUCCUUCUGCCCUCUGGCCGCCCCACUGCCCUGCGACUUCCACCUGCUCAACCUGCGGGCACUGCCAGCCGAGGAGGAGUCCCUGCCCUCCGCAGAAGUCGCCCUCAUCCUGCACCGCAAAGGUUUUGACUGUGGCCUGGAGGCCAAGAACUUGGGCUUCAACUGCAGCACCAGCCAAGGCAAGGUGACCCUGAGCAGCCUGUUCCAGGGCCUGGACGUGGGAUUCCUGCAGCCAACCUCCCUGACCCUGCUGUACCCCCUGGGUGCGCCGUCCAACAGCACGGACGUGUCCCUGGAGCCCAUGGAGAUCGCUACUUUCCGCCUGCGCCUGGGCUAGGCCUUCUCGGCCGCAGAGAAGCCUGUCUGCAGGGACUGCCCCUACAUGGGGUUGGGUGGGCACACCACCCGGCAGCCAGUCCUGACCUACCUCUCGGCACUGGGAUGGACUGCGCUCUAUCCACACUUCCCGCUCACCUGUCCCUUCCUCGUGCGGGACCUCCCCAGAGCCUGGUGUGGUAGGAGGGCCGCGGCAGAGGGCAGAGGAGAGGAGGCCUGGGAGCAGGGUGGUGCUGCCAGCAUUAGCUCUGGGCCGUGUUGGCCCUGCCUAGCUUGGGCGCUAACAGCUAUCCUUUUUUCUGAAACAGGCUGGAGGAGAUGCAGGGAGAAAGCCGUGGGUACCAUGCCCCGGGGUAACUGAAGAGGAGGGCAGGGGAUUCAGUUGGCAGUCGGGGCCAGGUACAGAAAGAAGCACUGUUUUUCAUGAUGGCCGGACUCAGGUGCCACCCGGCUGCACGCUCAGGGCUGUAGGUGGCAGGAAGGACUCACUAGACACUGUUAUGACCAGAUGUCACCACAAUUCAGGUACCGAAAUCCUCUCCUCAGACCGGGCAUCUGGUUUGUGUGCUGAUCUGUGGCCGGUAGCAGGGGCCCUGGACUCUGCACCCCAAUCCUCGGGAACACCUUCCCAUCCCAGGCCGUGUGGGCUGGUAGACUUCUUUUCCAAGUCCCCGUGCACACGACGCCUCGAAAAGGCCACAGCACCAGCCUCAGUGCCCCUCCCACAGGAGAGCCAGGAGAGCUUCUCACAGCCUGAAGCUCAGCUUCAAUGACUAGAGAUUGUGACUGUCUCUAUAGAUGCUGAGGCCAGGUCAGAGCAGCUUAGACCCAGCCCUCAUCAAACCCUUACCUAGUUCAGAUUAGAAACACCCAAACCUAGAGAAAGGGCUCCAUCGGAAGCCGGCAGUUCGGGGCCUUCUGGAGUAAGCACCCAGGCUUGAUCAAGCUGCCAGGGCUCCGCACCCUGCCACCACAUCCCGCACUGCACCAUCAGCCCUGCAGGAGGGCAGGUGAGGAAGGAUGGCACUUGGCAUCCCAGGUAGACAGUAGGACAGAGGCCAAAAAAGAUGCAUAGAAUUCAACUGCAGGUCCUUAGAGAGCAUUCCCUCUGCUCACCCGGGGACAUGCAUCCUGUCCCCGCAGAGAUCUUGCUUGCCCCCAACCCCAGAUUUAGUGGUGAGCCUGGAAGGUUGGCCAGCUCUAGAGCUCAUUUGGAAGCCUGAACACGUGUGGACACAGCAUUCUGGAGGGGUGAACAGGGCAGGUGGCGCUGAGGCGGUCACUCACCCCGCAGGCUUGCCCUGGGAUUCUGUCAGGACUAUGAGCCCAGUCAGUACCGCCUGUUGUGGGAUUGGACACACAGAUGGAACCAGAACAGGGAGUCCAGGAUAAAAGGCAUAUGUAGUAGGGAAACGAUGGGAUAUUUAAUAAACAUAGUACUUUUACGACAA